AUGAUACUUUAUGCGAACGACAAUCAAAUAGGAUUACAUAUUUUUUCAGGUGACAAUGAGAGCGGGAAAACUACGCUUAUAGCUAAACUACAAGGUGUAGAGGACCCGAAGAAAGGUUCUGGGCUAGAAUUUGCAUAUAUCGACGUGAGAGAUGAUUACAGAGACGAUCACACGAGACUGUCCGUAUGGGUUCUAGAUGGAGACCCGGGUCACGCAAAUCUUCUGAGAUAUGCUCUGAACAAAGAGAGGUUUCCACAUACGCUUGUUAUGUUAGUCGCUGCCAUGACCACGCCAUGGGCCAUUCUCGAUCAGCUUCAAUCGUGGGCGGCAUUGUUAGGCGAUCACAUUGACAAAUUACCUUUAGAUAAUGAUACUAGGCAACGAUGCAGGCAGCUCAAUAUUAAGAAGUGGCAAGACUAUACAGAACCAGGAGAUGAACUUGAUCCUGGAAGUCCUUUGCGACGUACAAGUCGUAAUCUGGAUGAUGACACCGCCGAAGGCUUACCCUUACCGGAAGGAGUACUUACAACCAAUUUAGGCCUAGACGUCGUCGUAGUCAUAACGAAAACUGAUUAUAUGUCCACUCUUGAAAAGGAACAGGAUUAUAAAGACGAGCACUUCGACUUCAUGCAACAAUGGAUCAGGCGGUUUUGCUUACAAUACGGCGCGGGUCUCUUCUACACAUCGGCAAAGGAAGACAAGAACUGUGAUUUGCUUUAUAAAUAUUUAACGCAUAGAAUUUACUCUUUACCGUUCAGAACACCGGCAUUGGUCGUCGAAAAGGAUGCAGUACUUAUACCUGCUGGUUGGGAUAACAUGAAGAAGAUUAGUAUUCUGCACGAGAAUUUACAAUCCAUGAAGGCAAACGAUUACUAUCGCGAUGUUAUCGCACAGCCAGCAACGAAUCGAAAAUGCGUUGCUAGAGAAAUGGAGGUUCAGGCGGAAGAUGAGCAAGCUUUUCUCGCGCGGCAGCAAGCAGCUCUGUCGGGCUUGAAAGACCCUACUCGUUCUCCAACGACUCGGAAUCAGGCAAGCCCUGGACCAGUUAUACAGGUCGCGUCACCGAACAAAAAACUGGAUCCCAAGGGUAGCGGCGCGACACCGUCCGGUGAGGGUGUCUUAGCUAAUUUCUUCAAUUCUCUUCUCUACAAGAAGACUGGAGUGCAGCCCGGUUCACCGGGAGCGCCGGGUAGCGUAGGAACAAGUCCCAUGAAACUUGAUGCUACACCGGUGGACAAGGCAACGAUGUGUAAUGACGCAGCAGCGGAGUUAGAUCGUCUUACUCGGACCAAGAAACUUUCACCACCCAACCUGAACUCGUCGUCUGAAUGUUAAAAAUAGCGCGCUUUUUCUUCGCGAUCCAUUGAUACAAUGAAGAUGAUAAAUCGGAAGCUUCGUUGCCAUUAGACAGAAUUCCAACACAAAUCUGAAAUACCUUGUAGCCCACUCGUUAUAAUGGGAACGAUCGUAGGUAAGAUGUGGAUUGCGAAGAGGUAAAAUUUAGCUCUAAUCUAAUCGAUGAUAAUGUAACCUGAUCACAUCGCAAAAGAGAAAAAUUAAAAAAAUAUAUAAUCUGUCUUGCAGUUUUGCGACAGCUUCGAAUGUCGUAAUCGACUAAAUAUCAAUAACGAAGCAGAAAACAAUUAGAAAGCUAUUAAAUUAAUGUGUAAUUAAAAUAUUUAAUAUAAUAAUAUUACUGAGAUAUAUAUGCUUACGCACACAUGUCUUAGCGCCUGGUCAUAGUAAAUUAUUUAGCAACGCCCGUGUACGUGGAAACGGAAACGCGGUUUUUUUUAUCGUUCUAUAUAUUUACAUACGAAUGCACAUCUUUCUCUUUUUCAUAAGCGAAUACUCUUAUGUUUUAUAUACUCGAUCGAUUUUCUUUACGAGAUAGAUCUCCAUGUUGGCUCGUCACUGCAUUCGGUCUAAUUUUGACAACGUAAGUGCCGUUAGCGUUGUAAAAGUGUUGUGCGAAUGCAUGAGAUAGUCUUUUAUACGAAUUGUUCAUAAAAUAAAAUGGGAGAAUCCUUUUAAUGGAAGACGCAGUGCAGUCUUCAGAUUUAGGGAUAAAUAAUGGUACGAGACUGGAACAGAUGUCCAUAUAUCGCGCGUGUAAAUUCUAUAUUUCCUUUGUGGAUUUCUAGCUGAGUAUGUUAUCCGUAGACUCAAGAAAGCAGGUGAGCAGAGAUAUGUACAUUCGAUUAUCAACAUAAAUGUGGCUCUAUGUAUAUGAAAUUCAAAUCCUCGAUGAAAAUAAAUAAUUUUUCGUAUA